CUUGUUAGAAGGCUGGCCACCAGGAGGAGGGGGUUUCAUAGUUUUUGUCUGUUCUGCACCCAAACACUUGAUAGCAGCAGAAUUCCAGACGGCAGGACGGCUACAUAAGGAGAGAGUUACAUGUGAUAUAUGUGGAGAUGGCACAUACAUAUUACUUGUUGACUCUGUGCCUGGUGAGCUUCAUAAGAGAAGCAUUGGCUCAGAAUUCAACUUCAUCACUGAACUUACCGACUACUACUCCAAUAUUGCCAGCUGGUUGUGGCCAGGAUAUCAGAUCGAUAUAUUUUGGCCUGUGUGAUCUGAAAGCAGCCUGGGGCAUUAUCCUAGAAGCUGUGGCCUCCUUAGGGAUACUCUGCACUCUUGUCUUAGCAUUGAUAUUUGUAAUACUUGCCCCAUCAGUUUCUAAAGAUAAUCGCAAAGGUGCUCUAGCCAUUAACUUUCUGUUUCUUAGUGGGGUCCUAGGUUUAUUUUGUUUGGUUUUUGCCUUUAUCAUCGCACCUAAUUCCGCAGUCUGCACUGUCCGCAGGUUUUUGUUUGGUGUUUUGUUUGCCAAAUGCUUUUCAUGUCUGGUGGCAAAUUCGGUUAGACUCAACUACCUUGCAUAUCAAAACCGUAGCCCUGGAGGGCACUUGGUGUUUUUUCUGGCUAUUGGGAUUUUCUUGGUAGAGGCUGUGAUAAACUUGGAAUGGAUUCUAAUUACUAAUGUGCGUCAAACCGUUCAGGGUACCGAGGGACAUGGUCAUCCCUGUAACAUUACCAACCAAGACUUUGUGACUGCCUUAGUCUAUGUCAUGUUUCUUAUAGUAGCAUCGCUGAGCAUCACUUUCCCAGUACUCCGUGGACACUUCAUACACUGGAAACGUCAUGGAAAGCACAUUUUAAUAACUGCAUUUUCUUCACUUCUCAUCUGGGUCACAUGGAUUGUGAUGUAUCUCUACGGCAAUGAGAAGCUAGGACACUCUUCCUGGGAUGAUCCGGUGCUGGCCAUUGCUCUGGCAUCAAAUGCCUGGGUGUUUCUCUUGUUUUAUAUUAUUCCACAGUUAAUGGAAAUGACAAGAUCUGGAUACAAAUAUGAAGGCGAUAGCCUUAACAUACUGAAUAGACAAUCUGAUUUUCCACCCUCUAUGGUAAUGGAAAAUAGAGCAUUCUCCAUGGAUAACUUGGAUGCAGCUGAACCAGAGAACUCUAGGAAGGAAAACAAGCCAGUUUCUCCAUACAGUAACUACAAUGGACUCUAUCCCACUCUACCUCUGCACCCUGCGGAAGCUGAAACUGUGAACCACAUACCUGUACAUCUACCUCGGAUCUCAAUGGAACCUUGGCGAUACCAUCUGUGAACUUUGGAUACACUAUCAAUAUUAAUAGCUUACAACCAUCAAGAAGGCUUUUCCACUCUGGACAGACUUCAGAAUAAGAAUUGUAGGAAUGAAGGGAUUGAUGAGGUUCUGAGCAAAGCACAUAAAAUUAUUUUUACUACAUUGUUCUAUCAAUUCUCCUUCCCGACACUAUGAAUAUUUGAUAAUGCUGCAUUACAUUUUAAUCAUCCUCGGUCUGAUUUACUCUGUUUGAUUCGUGGCAGACAGUUCUCCUGAGUCUUCAUUAACCAACCUGUUAACAAUUCAGAAGAACAAAUGUUUUCUUGGUGCGCAGAACACAGCAAACAUCCAGUCAGUUCUGGUCACUAACCUCGGAGACAGAAGGGAGGUGUUAAGUUAAAUGUCUGGCACUGAAGAUACUGAAGAUACUCAUGAAAUGACAAGUAGAUUAAUUUGAUCAUACACUAAAGAAAAGACCCAAUUAAAUAAUCACUGUCUCUCUUUAUUAUGUCACUGAUUAGUUGUCUUCUGAUUUAACUAUGAGUUUCCGUAGUAUAAGAUCACUAUUGAUUAAUUUAUAUUUUGCCCAUGACAAGACUUGAGAUUUGUGAUUCAGAUUUGCAAUGUUGCUUAUAAAACUGAUAUCGUUUUGUAA